CGUUGCAGCUUUUCACCGGCCGCUCUCCUCUUCCCUACGAUAACCAUUUCUGCUGACCACCUCAGACACCACCUCCAUUCUUUUCUUCAGAAAAUCCUUCUCCCUCCAACCGUCGAACUUUCCCUCUUCUACGAUUCUCCCCCUCCGAUCUCCUUUCCCCAAAGAACUUCCAUUUUUUCGUGCUCCGAUCAUCAACCACCAAAUAGCCAUCCCCACGUCGCUUCCCUUGCUCCUAUCCAUCCAGUCUCCGGCAUCCACUAGAGACUAAUCGGUACCUGCCACAUCAACUAGCUUGAUUCACUUCCAAAGGUGCACGGCAGUACCUCUUCUCACUUUGGUGUUCUAUGGUGUGUCUGAUAUACUCUCCUGCUGGUAGCUUCGGUUCAUCUCCGUGUUUCGAAUCCAGAUCCAGUGCUUCUUGGCAAUUUGGAUUUCAAUUCAAUCUCCGGAGAAAGUUCAUGCCUAGUUUCGGCGUUCUCUGCAAGUUCCUCGGAUUUCAAUUCCAUCUCUGGAGAAAGUUCAGGCCUAGUUUCUGUGCUCUCUUCAACUUCGUAUCUCCAUCUCUCUUCGGAGAUCGUGUGGCUAGGUCUAGCCAACUGGAGUCGACUCCGCUGGGCUACCCCUUUCUCAUUUGGUUGCGGAGGAACAGGGUCGAACUUGUUAUUUUGUUUGAUCUGUGAUAAGUUUUGGUUUGGUUUGCAUUAUGAUGAAUUUUUCAGUGCAUAUGUGAUAAAAAUCAGUUCGUAUUUAUACCCAAUUUCUGUCUGUUAUUUGCAUAAAAUGAAUUAUCUUGUGAUGUGAUCUCGGUGUUACAUUUUAGUUCUGAGUUUGUGUUUGAUAUGCCUGUUAAUGUUAUUCAGAUUGUUGUUCUUCUGCUUCUGUCUACUUUCUGGAGCUUCUUGGAUUUCUAAUUUCAUGUUUGGAAUAGAAAUUUUGAUUUGCC